GCGGCCUCGGCGGCGGCGGCGACGAAGCUGUCGGCGGCCGCUCCUGGUGACUAAAAGCCGUGGCGACAGAGGCCGCCGAGCCCGCUUGGCGAGCCGGCGAGCUGAGUGGCGAACCCUUUUGAACAGAUAGCCACCAUGUUUAGAUAUUAGCAAGCACGUACGUGUACGUCUGCAUUUGAAAAUGGCAGAGGGAAACAAUAAUGAAGAAGUAAUUCAUUUGAACAACUUUCACUGCCACAGGGGACAAGACUGGAUCAAUCUCAGAGAUGGACCCAUCACCAUAUCUGACUCCUCUGAUGAGGAAGGGGUUCCUAUGCUGGUCACCCCGGCUCCUCAGCAACACGACGAUGAGGACCUGGAUGAUGAUGUCAUCCUGACAGAAACAAAUAAACCUCAGACAUCACGACCCAAUCUCAUCAAACCAGCUGCCCAGUGGCAAGAUCUCAAAAGAUUGGGAGAAGAAAGGCCUAAAAAGUCUAGAGCAGCCUUUGAAUCAGAUAAGAACGGCUAUUUUUCAGUGUGUAACAGCUCAUUGUUUGAUUCUGGGGCGCAGGAUGAUUCUGAGGAUGACUACGGUGAAUUUCUGGAUCUUGGGCCUCCUGGAGUUUCUGAAUUCAUUAAGCCAAGUGGCCAAACAGAAAGAGAACCCAAACCUGGACCAAGUCAUAACCAAACAGCAAAUGACAUCAUCAACCCGAGGUCAGAGCAGAAAAUCGUUAUCUUGGAAGAAGGUAGCCGUCUUUCACCAGACAGCGAUCCUCUGGACACUCAGAACCAGUCAUCUGAAGAUUCAGAGACAGAGCUUUUAUCAAACCUUGAAGAAUCAACUGCUAUCCUGGAUGAUCAGGCCAUCGAAGAAGACUGCUGGUUAGACCAUCCUUACUUCCAGUCCCUAAACCAACAGCCCCGUGAGAUAACAAACCAGGUUGUUCCUCAGGAGCGGCAGCCUGAAGCAGAACUGGGCCCAUUGUUGUAUCAGCAUGAACCCCCGGGACUUACUUUUCCAAGACCGGCUUUUCCAAGACCAGAACCCCAACAGGAUGGGAUUCCAGGCCCCUCUUCUCCUCAGCCUGCCCAUCCUCUAGGAGAGCUCGAAGACCAACAAUUAGCAAUAGAUGAUGAAGAGCCAGGGCCAGCCUUCCCACUCCAAGGAUCUCAGGAGCCUAAUUUGGAAAACCUUUGGGGGCAGGAAGCUACUGAGGUAGAUCAAGAACUCGUUGCACUUUUAGUGAAAGAAACAGAAGCCAGAUUUCCAGAUGUCGCAAAUGGGUAUAUUGAGGAGAUAAUUCAUUUGAAGAAUUAUUAUGAUUUGAAUGUACUUUGUAAUUUUCUUCUGGAAAAUCCAGACUAUCCAAAGAGAGAAGACCGAGUCAUUAUCAAUCCCAGUAGCAGCCUGCUUGCCAGCCAAGAUGAGACAAAGUCGCCUGAGAUAGACUUCUUUGAUUACUCUCAGUUGGUUCCUCUCGACCAGCGCUGCUUCAUCCAGGCUGCUGACCUCCUGAUGGCCGACUUCAAAAUGCUCAGCAGUCAGGACAUCAAGUGGGCCCUGCAUGAGCUCAAAGGACACUAUGCAAUCACCCGAAAGGCCUUUUCUGAUGCCAUUAAAAAAUGGCAGGAGCUAUCACCAGAAACCAGUGGAAAAAGAAAAAAGAGAAAAGAAAUGAAUCAGUACUCUUACAUAGAUUUCAAGUUUGAACAAGGUGACAUAAAAAUAGAAAAGAGGAUGUUCUUUCUGGAAAAUAAGCGGCGACAUUGUAGGUCCUAUGACCGGCGUGCCCUUCUUCCGGCUGUGCAGCAAGAGCAGGAGUUCUAUGAGCAGAAAAUCAAAGAAAUGGCAGAGCAUGAAGACUUUUUGCUUGCCCUCCAGAUGAAUGAAGAGCAGUAUCAAAAGGACGGCCAGCUGAUUGAGUGCCGCUGCUGCUACGGGGAGUUUCCAUUCGAGGAGCUCACUCAGUGUGCGGAUGCUCACUUGUUCUGCAAAGAAUGUCUCAUCAGAUACGCCCAAGAGGCGGUCUUUGGAUCUGGAAAGUCAGAACUCAGCUGCAUGGAAGGCAGUUGCACAUGUUCGUUCCCAACCAGUGAGCUGGAGAAGGUGCUUCCCCAGACCAUCCUGUAUAAAUACUACGAGCGGAAAGCCGAAGAAGAAGUUGCCGCAGCUUACGCCGAUGAGCUUGUCAGGUGCCCCUCCUGUAGCUUUCCUGCUCUGUUGGACAGUGAUGUGAAGAGGUUCAGUUGUCCCAAUCCUCGCUGCCGGAAGGAAACCUGUAGGAAGUGUCAGGGACUCUGGAAAGAACACAAUGGCCUCACCUGUGAAGAGCUGGCUGAGAAAGAUGACAUCAAGUACCGAACCUCCAUUGAAGAGAAAAUGACUGCAGCCCGCAUUAGAAAAUGCCACAAGUGUGGGACUGGCCUCAUCAAGUCCGAAGGCUGCAACCGCAUGUCUUGCCGCUGUGGCGCCCAAAUGUGCUACCUCUGUCGCGUAUCUAUCAACGGAUAUGACCAUUUCUGCCAGCAUCCUCGCUCACCGGGAGCCCCUUGCCAGGAGUGUUCAAGAUGUUCUCUUUGGACCGACCCCACUGAGGACGAUGAGAAGCUGAUUGAGGAAAUCCAGAAGGAGGCUGAAGAGGAGCAGAAGAGAAAGAAUGGAGAGAACACCUUCAAACGCAUCGGGCCCCCCUUGGAGAAGCCACCAGAGAAAGUCCAGAGGAUCGAAGCCCUGCCGAGGCCCGUCCCGCAGAACCUGCACCAGCCACAGAUCCCCCCCUAUGCCUUCGUGCACCCGCCCUUCCCCCUGCCGCCUGUCCGGCCCAUGUUCAACAACUUCCCUCUCAACAUGGGCCCAGUCCCAGCGCCCUACGUGCCCCCUCUGCCCAAUGUGCGUGUCAACUACGACUUCGCUCCCGUCCACGUGCCACUGGAGCACAACCUGCCUAUGCACUUCGGCCCGCAGCCACGGCAUCGCUUCUGACAGCUCUGUGUCCUGCGUCCUCCCCGGAGCCCUGCCGCUGAGCAGCCCAGCCUGUGCAGGGCCAGGGUUCUGUAGAUUACCCGCCUCGCCCCCAAGGCCAUGCCUUCAGAGUAGGGAUCAUGCACUUGGCUCUCAAAAGGAUAGGCUGGCUUUUUUCCUGCUCCUUCCUGGGAAAGGCUACUGCCCCUUGAAGAGUGGCCGGCAGGCCAGUGCCCUCAGGUGCCUGUAAAAGGUUUGGUCUGGCACUUGCUGGACCAGAGAGUAGGGCCUCCCUAGAGAGUUCCACUGUCCCAAGCCACAGUGCAGGGACCCUCACCACAAGGUAGCUCGUCUCUGCUCUGUCAGUCCUGUCCCUGCAGACAGAGAUGAGUGAAGUGUUUGGGUCCUUCCCUCCCCCUGGUAGACCUCAGAAGUCUCUCAGUUAACCACGUAGGCCUUCCUUACCGCAGUACAGUCUGAUUCUCGAUAAAGCUGAAGUCCCAGUUGGAGGGAGUCGAGUUUGGAGAGAGCUGAGCUGUCUGAACCAUGUUGUGAAGGCUGGGUUCUCCCCCCGCCCCCACCCCAGUGCUGCAGCCCAUCCAGAGUGAGUACACCCUGCUGCUUCAAGCCAGUUGGUCCCAGGGAGGCGGUGGCAGAGCCAUGUCCCCAGGCCUGGGAGCACCACUCAGGGUGGGGAGGCUGCAGACUUUAUCUCCACAUCCAGAACCCCAGGCCGCCACCGCCGCCACCAUGACUAUUCUGGUCUCAUUCUUGGCCCACUCCGAUGAGACCACAGAGAGCCAUCUCAUGCUAUCAGUUCUGUUUUGUAGUUUAAAGAAAUAUUUGCCAUUUACUCACUUUGAACUUACUGGGUUUUCUGUGGCCUGCUAGAGUUUCUCUCGUUCAGUCUCUGGAAAGUCAAAUCUGUUUUCCCAUGCCAGGCAGCCAGUGAGGGCUGGACGGUCCUAAAUCUUGCCAAACAAAAGGUCCUUUCGAGGUGCCUGUGACAGGCUUGGUGGCUUUCCCAGGCAGCCCAGUUACCGGUAAUGAGCAGCUUCUCCCUGGAGGUUUGGUGGUAGCGGUGGGUUUCCACAGGGGGACAGAAGACCCAGACUGCACCCAGCAUCCACCCAUGGAGCUGCCCUUGCCCACGGCCAGGUGAGUCUAGCUCGGAGUCGGCAUGGGAGUCCCUGCCCCUUCCCACUCACCUUUGCCUGUUCAGCCCCAGCCCACCUGAGGCUCUGCCCCAUCACUCGCCUCCGCUGUACAGAGCAGAGGCCUCUGCGGGAGCGACCCUGCCUGACCCAGUGUUGGCCUCUGUCACUGCUGCUGUAUGCUCUGAUGGCUGUGGGGUUCCCGGAAGUUCCCAGCACCUGUGCACAGACCACAGUGGGGUGAGCCUUCAGGCCGUGCCCCAGGACCAUGCGUUCUUGUGCAUAGACAUCCACUGCCAUCCAUUUCUCGUGUAUUUCAAGGAUUAAAAUGGGCAGAAAUCUGC